AGAUUUUAAUAUUUUCUCAGCUGAUUUUUAUUCAUAGCUAAUCAAGAUGAUUAUCAAGUUUCAGGCUUUCCUUUGCAUUGUGGGUCUCCUCAGCAUUUGCUCUUGUGUUCCUAUCUACCAGCCACAAAUUGGAAUUAUUGCAAGCAACAGUAACGAGAUUUUGCGUUUCAAUGGACUCGGUGGUCUCACUUUGGCAGGUGUUGGUUUGGGUCAAGGACAGGUAAUUCAAGCACAGGGUACCUCAUUUCUCCCCCCCUUCCUGUUCCAACAGCAGCCACCACAAGUGCUGAACUUUAACCCUUCAGUGCCUGGUCCCUUCUUACCUCCUCAAAUAAACCAGUUGAAUCCAGCUCAGCUGAUCCCAUUGCAGCAGGAUCAGGCGGUAUCUCGCCUCGGCCCAAAUAGCGCUAUACCAGCACAGAACCCCGCCCAGGGCUUUCCAUACUUCUUGACUAAUCUAUAUCCUUUGAGAAACACUCCAGUAUGGCAACCACCCAUCCAGAACACUGGGCCAUAUAUUCAAGACCAGGGUACUAAACAACCAACACAACCAAUCCAGAAUAGAGGAAAUGCCGUUGACCCAAGUGUAACUGCUGCACCUGAUUACCGUGGUGAUCGACCUGGUCCUGGUCCUGUAGAGGGGCAUCCGGGCUUCUCAAUGUUUGGGCCAUAGUUCUUCAGAUGAUUGUUAAAAAGAUAUUCUGUCAAGGAGACCUUUCCAAGGAGACAUUUUGUUCACUUGCACAAAUAGUUCAAUAAUAUCAUCAAUGCAAACAUUAUUAAAUAAAUAAAUAUGCUCAAUUGCUUUCCA